AUGAGUGAGAUAAUUAUCAACACCGUGCAGUACCGUUUCCCCGCGGGAAGCCCACCGCCGUCAUGGGAGGAAACAGCUCUUUUUCUGAAGCAAUUGGACACGGAUUUGAGCUUGAUGGAAGCUGCUUACAAAACAGCUCAAAAUCGUACUUUGUACAUCAAAUUCACGACUUCGGAGGCCAUGACGGAAUCGUUGCAAAAGAACGUGGAACCACGGCAGUUUGUUCAUGCAAACGGCAAGUCGGUGGCAGUGAAAAUGUCAAUCGCGGGUGCUAAUAUGCAGUACGUCCGUGUGUUCGACCUGCCACCGGAGCUGUCUGAUGAUAGUCUGUCGUUGACACUCGGGAAGUUCGGUGAAAUAAAUCAUGUGACGCGAGAGAAGUUUCCAGCGGAAUCGGGCCUCGGUCACAUGUACACUGGUGCUCGCCACAUCGUGUCCGCACCGCAGCAUCAUCCACCGCCGGUCGGUCUGGUUCGGUCCGGUCCGGUCUCGGUGAUGGUGGCUGGAGAGAUGAUGGAUUGCGUUUUGCGCUUCCUUUUCCGCAUGGGUGGUGCCGAAGGUGUCCUCUGUCUGGUCUGGGUGCUACGUGAAACUGUUGGCGAAACCGUAAUGGCGUUCGACCUUUCCGUCUCUGAUUCUGAGAUCGAUGUGACUGAACAGGUAAAGUACGUUGGAGUCAUUCUUGAUUCCAAGCUUUCCUGGACACCUCACAUUGAGUUCAGAAUCAAGAAAGCUUGUAUGGCCUUCGGACAAUGCCGGCGAACCUUUGGUACAACUUGGGGUCUAAAACCCAAGUAUAUCAAAUGGAUCUACAAAGCUGUUGUUCGUCCAAUAUUGGCCUAUGGAUGUCUUGUGUGGUGGCAAAAGGGCGAAAUGAGAACGGUCCAAUCAAAGUUAGGCCAUCUACAAAGGAUGUGCUUAAUGGCGAUGUCUGGAGCGUUCUCUUCAACUCCUACGGCAGCGCUAGAAGUUCUCUUUGACGUUGCCCCACUACACAUCCAUCUCAAACAAGAAGCACUUUCUUGCACUUACCAGUUACGGGUACUCGGUCUACUAGAGGAAACUCCUGUGAACCGCACAUCAACACACACCUCGUUGUUCCUACUUUUGGUGAAUUGGGACAAAAUUGUCCUUGCUCCAAGUGAUCUUACAAUUGCUUGUAAUUUUCCAUAUAGGACAUUUUCCACGAAAUUCCCUUCCCGGGAAGAGUGGACAUCUGGUUAUCUGGAGAGAAGUAUUUCAGACGGCAUCGUAUGUUACACUGAUGGCUCCCUUCUCGAAGGUCGAGCAGGUGCUGGCGUUUAUUCUCGUGAGCUAAGGCUGUAUCAGUCUUACUCACUUGGGAGACACUGCACCGUUUUUCAGGCCGAAAUCUUUGCUCUUAUGUGCGGAGUGCAAUCAGCACUUCAGCAGCACGUAAUGGGCAAAGUAAUAUACUUCUGUUCAGAUAGCCAGGCUGCUAUUAAAGCACUUGCUUCGGCCAACUCCAGGUCGAAGAUAGUUAUCGCUUGUCGAACUCAAAUCGAGGAGCUGAAUUCAGCAAACGCUGUUCACCUUGUAUGGGUACCUGGCCAUUCUUCCAUCGCUGGAAAUGAAUUGGCUGAUGAGUUAGCUCGCACUGGAGCAUCACAUGACUUCAUUGGCCCUGAGCCAGCUAUUCCGAUAUCCAAGUGUUGGGUAAAGCUUCAGAUUCACACCUGGGCUGCUACUCAACACAGACAAUACUGGAAUAGUUUGGAGUCAUGUCGUCAAACCAAAUUGUAUAGUGCUGAGCCAUCUCUACGGGUGGCGAAGUAUCUAACUAAUCUGUCUAAGCAGAAUUGCAGCAUGCUGGUCAAAGCAUUGACAGGCCACUGCCGACUCAGCUAUCACAUGGCGAAUAUUCAGCAAGCUGUGAUAGCUGUGAAUCCGAUUAUGGAACUUCGUAUCAUUUAAUAUGUAACUGUCCAGUUUUUGCGCAACUGCGUUUCCGAGGACUCGGUAAACACUUACCAAGUGAAACUGACUUCAGAGACCUAACCUAACUUUUCAGGGCGCUGUUUGAACUCAUUGU